AUGGAGGUAUCACAUUCACUAACUCUGAACGAGUCAGCCCUGCAGCAGCUCCCUGAUGACAAGAAGCCUCAUUUUAUAUUUGAGUGGCUCAGAUUCCUUGAUAAAGUGCUUGUUGCUGCACACAAGUCUGACAUCAAAAGCUGCCAACAGAAGCUAGUGGCUCAGUUAGUAAAUCUCCUACGAGAAAACCUCGGAGCACCUGCAAGAAGACUUUUGGCAAGGAACUUGGCUACAUUAUUCUCUGUUGGAGACACCUUUCUACUAUUUGACACCGUGAAUAAAUGCAAUGAUAUCAUCAAGGUUAAGGAUGAUUCACCAUCAUAUUUGCCCACUAGAUUAGCUGCUAUAUGCUGCUUGGGCAGUAUGUACGAGAAACUCGGCAGGAUGAUGGGUAGAUCCUACGAAGAAACAGUCAAUACUCUAGUCAAGUCUUUGAAAAAUGCUGAGUCACAGACACGAUUAGAGAUAAUGAACACCCUUGAAAAGAUCUGCGUUGGUAUGGGUACUGCAGCACCUGUCGCGGUCCGGGAAGUGUGGCGUGCGGCCCGCAACUCUCUCGUGUCGGAAAGAGCUCCAGCAGUGCGAGCUGCUGCCGCACAUACUCUGCGACAUCUAUUGCCGCUAAUGCGCCUAACGGUUGCGGAAUUAGACGCUGUAGCAGCUGCUUGCCUUAAAUCCGGCCACCCCAGUGACUAUGCAUUAAGAUGCGCUAUAGCGGAGUUGUUUGGUGCGAUGAUUGCGAUUACACAGGCUGGCGAAUUAACUAAUAUGAACACUAAAUUGAAGACACAAUCAGUGCAGCAAAAGAAAGAGCCACCCAAAAAUGUAGUAUCAUUAGACGAAGCAUUAAACUUGUUAAUGGGCGCGUUUCUCCGUGGCGGCACUUCGUUCCUCAAGGGAGAGAUUAUCAAAUCUGGUUCGGGAGUCAACAGGGAAGUCCGUGUUUGUGUUACACAUGCCUACGUGGUGUUCGUGCAAAAUAUGGGAGGCGUGUGGUUGGAGCGCAAUAUGACCACGUUUUUAAAUCACGUUUUGGAUUUAGUGGCCAAUCCCAAAGCCGCUAGUUCGCACGUCGAUGCUGUAUAUUCUAGGAAAUGCAUAAACUUUAUACUUCGCAACACACUUGGCAAGAUGUUGGGCGAAAAGGCACAGGCAUCCGCUUGCAGAGAGAUUAUACAAAUAGUUAUCAAACAGAUGAACAGCAUCGAUUUCAAUCCGGAGAAUGCUAAAGAUUGUAACCAGGAGACACUUUUCAGCCAACAUCUUUUGGUAUGUGCUUUGAUGGAAGCUGGAGAGUUAGCACUUCAACUUGGGACCUCAGUGCAAAACCUUGUGUCGGAUACUUCAUUGAAUAUGAUCGAUGCCAUUUGUACGGUAUUAGAACACCCGUGCGUGGCGGCCCGUUUGGCCGCUGCGUGGUGUAUCCGGUGCGUGUGCGUGGCCCUGCCGUCACAGAUAACGCCGCUCAUCGACAAGUGUGUGGACGCGUUAGAUGCGCCCAGACCCACGCCUCAUCACAUCUCUGGGUAUUCUGCUGCCUUAGCGGCUAUACUAGGAGCAGUGCGCCUGUCUCCGCUCGGCGUACCUCACGGACGAGGCAAAGUGGCUUUCAACGCUGCUGAGCAACUGCUGAGGUCCGCGGGACAAAGCAGCCGACUCACUGCUGCGAGAACUAAUGCCGGUUGGCUUAUAGUCGGCGCGAUAUGUACGCUAGGUGUCCCAGUCGUCCGCGGUCUAUUGCCAAGAAUGUUGCUGCUAUGGAGGAACAGUUUCCCAAGAUCUGUGAAGGAACUUGAGUCUGAAAAAUCCAGAGGAGAUGCUUUUACUUGGCAGGUAACUUUAGAAGGACGGGCAGGUGCAUUGUCCGCAUUACACAGUCUACUUAUUCAUUGUCCGUCGCUCGUCAACAACGAUGACACAGCUAAACGACUGACGCAACCCAUCGAUGGUGCUAUCGCUGUUCUUACCAACGUGAGCAGCGUGGUCCGGUCGUACGGCGGAGCGCUAAAGGCCCCGGCGGCGCUGCUGCGGCUGCGCCUGUACCAGGCCUGCGCCGCGCUGGGCGGGGGCGCCGCGCCGCCCGCCGCGCCGCUGCUGCGCCUGCUCGCCGCCGAGCUCGCCGGCUCCGCGGACCCCAGCGGGGCCAACGUCGCCACCGGUACUUUAAGAAGCGCCAUGCACCCCAGAGACACCAUACUAUUGGGUGAAGAAGGAUGGAUUUACGAUACAGAUCAAGCUGAAAUUGAAGAACAGUUAAUAUCUCCACUGAGCACUAGCGGGUCGGGGGCACUGGAACAUGACCCCUGCUGUUUGUACCGCGGGGUGACGGGGGCCCAGCCUCUGGGGGUCGCGGUUAUUGAUGCUUCGGUGACACUAUUUCCACAAAUUUUUUCAAGAGCCGCUAAUAAACAUAGGCAACAAAUGCUAGAACAUUUCACAGAAAGCAUCAAGGUCUGCAAGGGAGCUCGCCAAGAAGCUAUUCAAAUUAACAUCUACACUGCAAUGCUAUUGGCAUUACGAACCCUAGCUGAAUUAAAGAGCUCACUUGGACAGGAAGCUGUUAAGAAUAUUGCUACAGAACUUGUUAUUAACGGUUUGUCAGCAAACAGCGCAACAGUCCGAGCGGCGGCCGCGUCGUGCGCGGGCCGCUUGUGUGGUUGUAUCACUGAAGCGGAGAGUCAAGCGCUCAGCGAGAAAGUCAUUGCUCUCGCGAGGACGGCCGUCAACAGGUCGGUGCGGGCGGCCGCUGCAGCCGCUGUGGGCGCCGUGCUCAGAGCGAGGGGUGCUACUUCAAGCGCUGCAGCGCUGCCUGUGUUAAGGGCGUUGGCGCAAGAUACGGCAAGUGUUGAGUUACAGGUGUGGUCUCUCCACGCACUCUCUGUGCUGGCGGAUGCCUCCGGUCCAAUGUUCCGGGGUCACGUGGAAUCGACUUUGAACCUCGCGCUAAAACUUCUGUUCAGCGCUCCACCUUUCCAAGAAGACUUGCAUCGCAGUAUCGGAAGACUGUUGUCCGCUUUGAUCACUGUCGUGGGACCGGAGCUGCAGGUUGUGGCGGUGGGCCGGUUCGUGUGCGCGUGCGCUGCGCUGGGCGAGUGCGGCGGGGGCGCGCGCGCAGAGGCCACGGGCUGCCUGCAGCAGCUGCAGAUGUUCGCGCCCGACCACAUCAACCUGCACACCCUCGUGCCGCACCUGUGUCGCGACCUUUCUCACUCGGACUUGACAGUACGCAGGGCCGCAUUAUGUUGUCUACGGCAGUUGUCUCAGAAAGAAGCCGCCGAAGUGUGUAAAUAUGCGCUAAUGGCUAAAGGUCACGUACCCGCUAAACCUUAUUGUGGUGUCGUGAUUACUGAAACAGGAUUACCCGGCGCCCUGUUUACAUUCCUGGACAGCGAAAGGGAUGAAACAGCGUUGUCGUAUGCGCGAGAUACUUUGACCUGCUGUCUCUUAGCCGCGGCAACACAUCGGAACGUCAGGGACUGGAUAGUGUUGGCUAAACGAGUCCUUACUAUUCGCCUAGAAGACAGUAACAAUCCGGAGAUAGACUUCGAUGGCGAGGGUGACGAUGACCAGGCCGAGUUCCACGCUGAGUCCGACCAGUCCACCCAUCCAGCUGUGCAGUCUAGAUGGCCAACACGGGUGUUUGCAAUGGAGUGUAUACAGAAAAUAAUGGGUGCUUGCGAAGCUACAGGCGACGGCGCGCACUUCGAUCUCGUCAAAGCUAAAGAAAAAUUACAAAAUAGUCCUGAGGGCGACUACCUCUCACUUCAUUUGUCGGAUCUCGUCCGCAUGGUGUUCGUGGGAGCUACGGGCGAGUCUGACGCGCUACGGCUGUGCGGUCUACGCACGCUACAGAUGAUCAUACAGCAAUACGCGAGAGCACCGGAGCCAGACUUUCCUGGACAUUUAUUAUUAGAACAAUACCAAGCUCAGGUGGGUGCUGCAGUGAGGCCAGCUUUUGCAGGCGACACGCCUUCGCACGUGACGGCCGCUGCCUGCGACGUGUGCUCGGCCUGGAUCGGCUGCGGAGUCGCCAGGGACAUCAACGAUCUUAGAAGAGUACAUCAGCUGCUUGUGUCAAGUUUAGACAAAUUAAACACAAAAGGCAAUACAACCCUUAUUUACAACGAAAGCAUGGCAACUUUGGAGAAGCUCUCUAUAUUGAAAGCGUGGGCGGAAGUGUACAUAGUAGCUAUGGUCAGCAACAAUAGUGCUCCAGGUAGCUAUGUGAAACAGCUCGACACGAAGCCCUACAAUAAUCAAGCCGAACUGGCCAAAUGGCGUAACCAGUUAUUGCAAAACGACAAUCGAAUAGAUAAUUCUGAGCCCCAGACACCCGAAGAUGAAGAAUACGGAGAAUUCGAGUCUAAGGGUGAAAGUCUGUUGAAAUUGGUCGAGCCAGAGUUGGAGAGCUUGGGAGAGAACUGGAUAGCUGCACUGAAGGAUCAUGCGCUGCUGAGUUUGCCUCCCGAGUUCGGGUCGCAGCUGCCCCACGGCGGGGGCGCGUUCUACUCGGCGGAGACGGCGGAGGGCUCGCGCCGACACUACGCGCGCGCGUGGCCGUCGCUGCUGUACGCCGCGUCGCUGCGCUUCAACGCGCGCGUGGACCUGCCGCCGCCCGCCACCGAUAAGUCUGAAGCACUAGAUAACAGAUCUACUAAAACCGAAAAUGGAAACUUUGAUUUUUUCGAGCCAAUUGACGAAAGAUUCCAUUUGUUAUUUGGUAUAUGCAUGGAGGCGUUAUGCGCUCAACGUGACAUGAGCGACGAGAAUACAAUUUCGGUGCUAUUAUCAUUAAUGACACUUUUAGACGCGGCUGAGAACAGAGCGAGAUUACUUAGAGACAGAUCUUUAGCCAUAGAACUGUGCCAAAUUAUCCACCGAACUGGUCUCACUCAAGAAAGUAUUGAAGCACUAUUAUUGGCCGCUGAUGUUCUGCGAUUGGUCAUUGAUGGUGCCCGAGAGCAACUGCAUGCUAAUAUGCAAGCUAAAAUUAAAGAACUAGCCCCCAACGAAACCACAGACGGCUCCACCCCUCAAUCUGUCCUGGAAGUAGUCCACACUCUCGGCGAAGGUGGCCCAACGGGAGACUUGCCGCCCGGCAAGUCGGUAGUGUUCGCAUGUCUUGAGGCGUGCGUGUGUCUCUUAGUACGUCGACUACCGGCCCUAUCGCCAAAGAAACAUGGUGGAGCUGUAGGUGUGAUUGGAGUGCCCAAAGGUCUUGGUGUUCAUGGAGAUACGUUGUUGGUGAAAACUUUAUCAGCUAUGUCUGAAUUGCCAAGUUUGACAAGCCCUCAAGGUGCCUUAUCUAUUCUGCCUACAAUUCUGUACCUAGCUACAGAAAUUCUCCGUGAGAGCAAAGGGGAAGGCGCCGCAGCUGAAGCAGGCGUGGUGUUGUUACAAAGGGCAGCUGAAUGUCGAGUUGUUCGGGUACAUGAACAUACAAGACAACAGCAUGCGCAAUUGUUACAAAGUGCACUCGCUAAGUUGGUUGAAAGGGUUAAGAGUGACGAGCCGGAACAACGCAUCGAAUCCGUGAUAGGUGCUCGGGGCAUGGUCGUCGUGUUGAGCAGAGCUGCGCCCGCGCCGCCUCUACACUACCCUUGUAUUAAUCACUUCAGACAAUGCCUGGAGACGAACGAUAACGAGGCGUUCGCGGCGUGCUGCGGCGUGCUGCGCAGCGUGUGGUCCGGCAGCAGCAGCGCGGCCUGCGUGUCGUGGUGGGCGCGCGGCCUGGCGCCGCGGGUCAUCGCGCGCGCCGCGGCCGCGCGCCGGCCCGCCGACCUGCCGCACGCGCGCGCCGCCAUGGCCGCCGUCUGCGCGCUCGACGAGCUCGUGCGCGCCGCGCCGCUCGCCGCCCGUAUUAAAAUGCUGUGGCUACUGGUGCCUAUCGUGAUCUCCUAUCUCCGUGAAGGUGCGGAGCUGGCGCGAGCUCCCCCUCACGUCCGGGCCCUGCACGAGUUUGCUUUGCACUGGCUUACACGAGUUGGACCUAAACAUCCACAGGAAUUUAAAACAAUGAUGCAACAAUCUUCUGAACUUCGCAAUAAGCUUGAGAAUGCUUUAAAAGCAAACCAGGCGAACGCACGGUCCGUCCGCGCUUCUCAAACGCAAAGGUCCGUGUUCGACGCCAAACCUGCUAAACCAACAAUACAACUGAAGACCGACUUUAGUGAUUUUAGGAAAAAUAAUCAAUAA